CGCAGCACGACCCCAAACCCGGAAGUGAUAAGACGCUAAUAAUGGCCGACCCGGAGGAGGAGUUGUCGAUGCGCUUCAUAUUUUUGCCCGAGUAUGUCUUCGUCAGCCAGUGUUUUGUCAUAACGACUCAUAUUAUUCCCGAAAACAAUGAAAAAAGGACACUCCAAGGCGCCUAUGUAGUCUUUCCGAGCCGUGCCGCAUGUGUUUUUAGCGUUGACAUCGGCGGGAGUCGCCAUACUGUUCCAAGCUGAGGAAGGUAAUCGCUUGACUCCUAAUUAGGAUUCCCACUUAGUUUCCAGACAAGACAGGCCCUAUUGCGUCGCGGGAGGGCAGACUACAUGGAUGGAACAACAUGACCACCCCAAAUAUGUAUCACAAUGUAUAAUUUUUUUACAAAAAGACGUUUGGGUUCACUUUCAUCGCGACCAUCCUUUCCCGCCGGUAAGCAGUGGGGCGUGUUUUACAUGGACACAACAGCCAAUCAUAUUGCAGCGCCUGCGUGGUUACUAGGUGGAAAUUUCAUCUUUAAAAAAAAAACUGAUCGCUCAAUAUCCACCAAAACUGAAGCCGCCGGAAGUGGACAACCGCCAUCUUGAUACUCCCAAAACAACCAUGCCCACCUGUUUCGUGGCUGUGAGAAAACAAUCCAAAGAUCAGUGGUGUUACCCUGCAGCCAUGCCGCCUCGACUUGCCGUGGCCCUCACCGCCGCCUUGGGCGUGAGCUCACACGUGGGGGGCGUCCACUGUAAGGUCAGAGGCCAAGACCGAGACUCGUCAGCCUGCUUGGCCAGUACGUGGCCGUCAAGGAGCUCGGGCACCCGGGCAGGCGCCAGCGGGCCAAGCCGAAGGCCGACAUGCUGGAUGUGCGCAGGGCCCAGGAGGAGAUACCUCGAUUUCGCUUCAAUCCAAGAUUUCUUGGCUGGUGGCGCUUUUAGCCAAGAAGCAUUUUCCGGGCCCUUGGUCAUCCGUCCCUCGUGCGUGAAGGAUUUAAGCGCACAUCUGCCUCGUGUCGAUUGAGUGCAAAGCGCUCAAGAUUUGACAAUGACCCUUCGGAUUCGUCAAUGGCCGUGCGGAGUUUCUCGUUGAGCUUCGUCAUGAAUGAAAAGGACGCGAGCGUCUGAUUGGCCGCCACCUCACAGGGAGCGGGAUGCGAGAGGAGAGCGGAAGAUGCGACUACCCGGCGCGCAACUUCCUCGCAACAUGUUUGGAUUGAGCUCCUUCUGGGCUUUUUUACCUUUUUCCCCAAGAAUGGUCGACCAGCGCCGCCCUACCGGACCCCCCCUCAGCCACGCCUCUGGAGUGAUGUGAAACACCCGACCAAUCCCCCGCCCGCCCCCAUCCCUCUCCCCCUACCCCGAAGCGGACUCAAGAUGCCGGUAAUGAAGGGGCUCCUGGCCCCCCAGAACACAUUCCUGGACAACAUCGCCACCCGCUUCGACGGCACCCACAGCAACUUCCUGCUGGGCAACGCGCAGGGCCAGCGCGGCUACCCCAUCGUGUACUGCUCGGACGGCUUCUGCGAGCUGACGGGCUUCACGCGGACCGAGGUCAUGCAGAAGAACUGCAGCUGCCGCUUCCUGCGCGGCGCCGACACCAGCGAGCGCGUGGCCCAGCAGAUGGAGAAGGCGCUGGAGGGCCGCCAGGAGUACCAGGCCCAGGUGCACUUCUACCGCAAGAACGGGGUCGCCUUCUGGUGCCUGCUGGACAUCGUGCCCAUCAAGAACGAGAAGGGUGAGAUGGUUCUCUUCCUGUUCUCCUUCAAGGACAUCACCGACAGCCACGGGAAAUGUCACCACAACAGCAGGAGGGAAGUUUCGGAGGAGGACAAGCGUCGGCGGAGGAAGGGCAGCUCCCACCUGAGCGAGGCCCGCAAGCGAGGGCGCAACAUCUUGUACCGGCUCACCAGCCGCUUCUCCCGGGGCGGCAAAGGCGACAUCGACGCCGGUGGAAUGUCGACGGAGCGGCCGUCGCUCCCGGAGUACAAGGUGGCGGCGGUGCAGCGUUCUCGCUUCCUGCUGCUGCACUACAGCGUGUCCAAGGCGCUGUGGGACUGGCUGAUCCUGCUGGCCACCUUCUACGUGGCCGUCACCGUCCCGUACAACGUCAGCUUCACCCCCCGCGACGACGACGCCGUCGCCGCCGGCCGCUCCACCAUCGUCAGCGACAUCGCCGUGGAGAUGCUCUUCAUCGCAGACAUAAUCCUGAACUUCCGCACGACCUUCGUGAGCCAGUCGGGUCAGGUGGUGUACCGGUCUCGCUCCAUUUGCAUUCACUACGCCACCACUUGGUUCUUUGUGGACCUGGUGGCCGCUCUGCCCUUUGACCUCCUCUAUGCCUUCAACAUCACAGUGACGUCGCUGGUGCACUUGCUGAAGACGGUGCGUCUGCUGAGGCUCCUGCGACUGCUGCAGAAGCUGGACCGCUACUCGCAGUACAGCGCCAUGGUUCUCACGCUGCUCAUGUCUGUGUUCGCCCUGCUGGCGCACUGGAUGGCCUGCAUCUGGUACAUGAUCGGGCGCAAGGAGCUGGAGACCAGUGAGUCCUGGGAAAUCGGGUGGCUUCACGAGCUGGGCAAGCGUCUGGAGACCCCCUAUGCCAACACCACAGUGGGGGGGCCGUCGGUGCGUAGCUCGUACAUAGCCGCCCUCUACUUCACCCUCAGCAGCCUGACCAGCGUGGGCUUCGGCAACGUCUGCGCCAACACGGAUGCGGAGAAGAUCUUCUCCAUCUGCACCAUGCUAGUGGGCGCGCUGAUGCACGCGCUGGUCUUCGGGAACGUGACGGCCAUCAUCCAGCGCAUGUACUCGCGCCGUUCUCUCUACCACACCCGCAUGAAGGACCUGAAGGACUUCAUCCGCGUGCACGGUCUUCCCCAGCAGCUCAAACAGCGGAUGCUCGAGUACUUCCAGACCACCUGGUCCGUCAACAACGGCAUAGACGCCAACGAGCUCCUGCACGACUUCCCGGACGAGCUUCGCGCCGACAUCGCCAUGCACCUGAACAAGGACAUCCUGCAGCUGCCCGUCUUCAAGGGCGCCAGCCGCGGGUGCCUGCGUUCGCUCUCUCUGCACAUCAAGACCUCCUUCUGCGUGCCCGGCGAGUACCUGAUCCGCCAGGGCGACGCGCUGCACGCCAACUACUUCGUGUGCUCCGGCUCCCUGGAGGUGCUCAAGGACGGCGUGGUGCUGGCCAUACUGGGGAAAGGCGACCUGAUCGGCUGCGACCUGCCGGAGAGCGAGCGGGUCAUCAAGGCCAACGCCGACGUGAAGGCGCUGACAUACUGCGACCUCCAGUACGUGGGCGUGCGCGGCCUGCGCGAGGUCCUCCGGCUUUACCCCGAGUACGCCGGCGUCUUCGCCUCCGACAUCCACAGCAACAUCACCUACAACCUGCGCGAGGGCAGCCAGGAACAGGGUCUCGGCAGGUUUUCAAGGUCGCCCGGGAUCCCACAUGAGCCUCGAUGGACUCCCACGGCGGAAGGCAAGCUCGAGGACUCCUGGGACCGCUUCCACUCGUCUCCGUCGGCACGGUCCCGCCACAACCUGUUGCUGCCCAGCCUCAGCAGCCCCGUGCGACGCACCUCCCUGGGAAACCUGCUGGGCGACGAGCUGCGGCAGUUCAACGCGCUGCGACGCUGCCGCUCGCCCAACCUCGGCCGCGGCUCUUCAUCUCGGACGCCGGCAAAACCGGAGCGAGACUCCUCUCCAAACAGCGACGGCGAUGAGCGCAAGCCGUCUGAGCUCCUCGUCCCCGUCGUCACCUGCUUCGGCCCGCCGGAACUUAGUCCAAGGGUCGUGGACGGCAUCGAGGACAACGGGGGUACGUUUCAUUUCAACGUGGAGCGCGGAGGCCCCGCAGCCAGAAGAGGAAGUAGCGGAACCCGAGAUUCCACGCAAGCGAACGCUCGUCUGCCGCCGGAGACCGACGAGGUCCGGCAGAGCAUCGGUCAACUCCACCAAAAGCUGGCCGACUUAAACCGCGAAGUAUCGGAGCUGGCCGCCGGCCUGCGCCGCAUGACGGACCUCCUCCAGCCCAAUCCGAGCGCCCAUCGGAACUCCCGCCUCCAGGAGACGGCGCCCGCCCACCCGGGCUACCGCAGCCACCCUGCCUCUGUCCACCAAUGUCACGGGACCACCUUGGUCGCCCCACCGGUGCCGUGGACGCGAGGUGGCUUCCCCGGCGGAGGUCUCGCCAGCCCGACCGUCAUCAGCCAAUCCCAACCCGCUUUGUGCCCGCGGGCCGACGCGGACCCCCUCACCGCGCCCCCGUCUCCCGGUUUGUACCCUCUUCCCGGCCUGACCCCGACCUCCAACGAGGAUAUUCACCGUUUAAUCCGAGAUUCGGAUUCUCCUUUUGUCCCUGAUUCUAUGCUCCGAGUGGACCGCCCCGGUCUGGACCGCUCCAGUCUGGAGUGCCUGCUGGGCAGCCGCAGGGACAGCGAAAGCACGUCCAGGUCCAGUGUUGGCGUGCAGACGCAGAACAGCGAGCAGUCGUGGUGUCUGGACCUCACGGAUUAAAAAAAAAAAAAAAAAAAAUUGGUGCGGCUCAAAGUUUUUUAUGGAGGAAUGUUUGCGUUGCAAUUUGAAAACAUUAAAUUCAAACUAUUAUCAGCCAAAACAUUUUGCAAGACGAAAGGUGCAGUCUUAAUGUAUUUUGGGGGGAGAGUCCUGAUUCACAAAAAUAAUGUAAUGCAAAAAAAAAAAAGUCAGUUGGGCAAGAAUUCAAUUGGGAAAGGAUAUAUGAAAAUGCAAAUUUCACAAGAAUGAUAUUAUACCACAGGGGGGAAAAAAGCUCGUUUUAAAGUGAGGGGGGGUGGAUUGUUUUAAAGGAAUAAAUUGAGAAUAUUGACAGAU